AGACUGACAGCAGCGUGAAAACAUCGCGACAUUUUACCUUCAAUCCCAUUUGGGUGAUUAAAAUAAACACCGGCAGACACGAAGAGGGUGAUGGUUUAUAUGAGCCUUAAUAGGAUCUCAGAAUAUUUUAAAUCAGGAGUCGAAAAUGAGUUUUAGAAAGUUCUGAAGCUAAACUGUUUCCGAACUUCAGCCUAACUCGACUUAAACACUCACUUCACUUGAAUGCUUAUAUUCUAAUUUGAAGUUUGCAUAUUUAAACUUUGAGUGAAAUAAAUUAUUGAAUUGAAACAGGAAGCAAAGUUUUAAUAUCUCAAUUAAUUUGAAUAUUAUCUUUUAAAACAAACAAUUCGCGAAACAGCAAACUAACACAUGAAUUAAUUAUUGUUGGUUUUUGUUGUUAAUUUUCCUGCUGAAGGAACAUUUGUGACCUCGACAGUCAAGGACAGAUGCUAACUGUUAGCAUCACGUUAGCUUCAGUUAGGUACUCACGACUGGUCCGAUCUUCUCCUUCGCCGGUUUGGUGUACAGGUUCGCCGACUGAGUCAUGGUGUUUCCCCGGAGGAAAGGACCGGCGCGGCGGGCGAUGGUCCUCAGCAACAUCGGCAUUUUGUCAGUUUUAUCUGCUACGAUGCCAGAAGAUGUGUGGAGGUGAAGCUAGCGGUUCAGCGCUGGGCGGAGAUGACCGGUUUACUGCAGUGUCAGCGGGCGGCAGCUCGACCAGCGCCACCUGCCGGUCUGGAGGAGUUCUGCUACCAGAAUCAGAUUUGUCCAUUUUUACUGCCGCUGUUGUUCGCUUCAUGGGGAUGGGUUCAACGUUUAACGUUUCUGAUGAUGUUGCUUCUUAUGGAGGGAGAAGUGCGUUCACCCAGCUGGAGCACAACGUCGUGGCUGGAUAUCUGAUAACAGCAGGGGUCAUCAGCCUCGCCAGUAACAUCGUGGUGCUGAUGAUGUUUGUGAAGUUCAGAGAGCUUCGCACAGCCACCAACUUCAUCAUCAUCAACCUGGCCUUCACCGACAUCGGAGUGGCCGGCAUCGGUUAUCCCAUGUCGGCUGCAUCAGACAUCCACGGAAGCUGGAAGUUCGGCUACAACGGCUGUCAGAUUUACGCAGCUCUGAACAUCUUCUUUGGCAUGGCGAGCAUCGGCCUGCUGACGGUGGUGGCCCUCGACCGCUACCUGACCAUCUGCAGACCUGAUAUUGGGCAGAAAAUGACGAGUAGAUCCUACAGCGCUCUGAUUGUGGCUGCGUGGCUCAACGCCGUCUUCUGGUCCUCCAUGCCCAUCGUGGGCUGGGCCAGUUACGCCCCUGACCCGACUGGCGCCACAUGUACCAUCAACUGGAGGCAGAACGACGCGUCCUUCGUGUCCUACACCAUGGCGGUGAUCGCUGUGAACUUCCUGGUUCCUCUGUCCAUCAUGUUCUACUGCUACUACAACGUGUCGGUCACCGUCAGGAGAUACAAGGCCAGUAACUGUCUGGACAGCAUCAAUGUGGACUGGUCCGACCAGAUGGACGUCACCAAGAUGUCCAUCGUUAUGAUCGUCAUGUUCCUGGUAGCCUGGUCUCCAUACUCUCUGGUGUGUCUCUGGGCGUCGUUUGGGGACCCGAAGACAAUCCCCGCCUCCAUGGCCAUCAUCGCUCCCCUCUUCGCCAAGUCCUCCACCUUCUACAACCCCUGCAUCUACGUGAUCGCCAACAAAAAGUUCAGGCGAGCAAUCAUCGGGAUGAUCCGGUGUCAGACCAGGCAGCGGGUCAACAUCAGCACCCAGGUUGCCAUGACGACCUCCCAGCAGCCUCUGACCCAGUGAGGAGGAGAUGGAUUCGUGUUUGUAACAUCCCGGCAUUCCGAGCUGGGCUGAAUGUUUCCUGAUGAUUUCUGCAGCAUUAAAAGUAUUUUGGACAGUU